CAGCAGCUCUUCAGCAGCGCAUCAGCAGCGGCCAAUAGUCUUUGCGCUAGCGCCGUGACGUCAUGACGGCCCGCUGCUCCUUAGAAUAAAAAGAAGCGGGGAAGUGAAUCCUGAGCAGCACCGCAAAAUGCUAGAUUCUCUUGCUUUGCUUUUGGAGAAAACCUUUCUUCUCGCACAUUUGAACCUUUUCAGCCCAGCUUCACCUAAACAAGAAAGAUGCUCAAAGCGCCGCGAGGACAGCACUUAUUUCCAGCGCGGGGAUCUGCUGGAGGUUCCUCGCACUUUGUUCACUCAUUUUGGCAUUUAUCUCGGUGACAACAAAGUCGCGCACCUUAUGCCUGACAUACUGCCGGUUCUGAGGAGCAACAAGUCUCAAAUCCAGAAAGCUGUGACGAACAAGCGAUUGCUCCUCGGUGUGAUCUACAAGUACGCGUUGGUACGGGUGGACACGGUGGAGGAUUUUGCCUACGGAUCUCCUGUAUUGCUCAACACGAUGGAUACUGCCCUGAGAAGACAGCCGCUGGCCGCUGAGGAGGUCGCCAGAAGAGCUGAGAAACUUAUCGGUCAUAUUCCGUAUAGUCUUCUGUGGAAUAACUGCGAACAUUUUGUCACGUACUGCCGCUACGGGACCGCGGUCAGUCUGCAGACCGAGCAGUUCUGUGAAAGUUUCAAAUCAGUAAUCCGGGACCAGAGGAGUGUUCUUCUGACCACUUUCAUCGGAAUGCUUUCCAUGUUUUUUCUUGGAAUGGCGCCGUCCACCGCACUUCCAACCUUUAUCAUUCCUUUCAUCUUGUGGAUGGCUGGAUAACAGACACUUCAAGUCUAAACGCUUAUGAACUAUUUAACCUAUCAAAAGUUUGUAUUUUUGGCUUUAUUAUAGAAUUGCUAACUUAAUCUUUUUCAUUGUUUUUACCUUCAUAGCCUAUUAACAUUUUACUUUGUUGUAAAAUUUGAUGACACCCUUUUUUGAAAACAUACUGUACAGUUUUAGCAAGUAAAUGUAAAUUCAAAAUGGCGUUUUAUAUG